AUGAGUCGGACCGAGGCCGAUUUGGCCAUUAAUAUCCGCAAGGCCACCAGCAUUGAGGAGACUGCUCCUAAACGGAAACAUGUGCGGAGCUGCAUCGUCUAUACGUGGGACCACAAGUCGUCGGCGGCUUUCUGGGCUGGCAUGAAAGUGCAGCCCGUCCUCGCCGACGAGGUCCAGACGUUUAAAGCCCUGAUCACGAUACACAAGGUCCUCCAAGAAGGCCACCCCAUGGUUGUCCGCGAGGCACAGCAACAUACCAACUGGAUUGAUAGUUUGAUGCGAGGAGUUGGAGGCGACGGUAUUCGAGGAUAUGCGCCGCUCAUUCGAGAAUAUGUCUUCUUCCUCGAGUCAAAACUGAAUUUCCACCGCAACCACCCUGAGUUCAACGGCUUGUUCGAGUAUGAGGAGUACAUUAGCUUGAAAUCGAUCAAUGAUCCGAACGAAGGUUACGAGACCAUCAGCGAUCUGAUGGCUCUGCAAGAUCAAAUCGAUUCCUUCCAGAAGCUCAUCUUCUCGAACUUCCAGUCCGGUACGAACAAUGAAUGUCGAAUCUCGGCAUUGGUGCCACUUGUGCAGGAGAGUUACGGCAUUUACAAGUUCAUCACCAGCAUGCUGCGGGCCAUGCACACAACCACUGGAGACGACGAAGCUCUCGAGCCACUCCGAGGUCGAUAUGAUGCCCAGCACCACCGUCUUGUGCGGUUCUACUAUGAGUGCUCCAACCUGCGCUAUUUGACAGGUCUCAUCACCAUCCCGAAGCUGCCACAAGAUCCACCCAGUCUGCUUGCUGAGGAUGAUGAUCGUCCAGCUCUUCCCAGACGGCCGGCGAAAGAAGUAGAGCCCUCACCGCCACCCAAAGUCGCCGCGGAACCAGAGCCGAUCAACGAUUUCUGGACAAAUGAAGCCAAACGUCAGCAAGAAGAGUACGAAGCAGAGCAACAACGUUUGCAGCAGCAGUGGGAGGAUCAGCAACGACAGCAACUCCUCGCCCAACAGCAGGCACAGUCCGAUUUCGAGGAGCAGCAGCGCCUACAGGCAGAACAGCAGCGAUUGGCACAGGAGCAGCUUCUGCGUGACCAGUACCAGACACAAACUCAGGGUCGGCUGGCAGAGCUGGAGCAGGAGAACCUUAACGCCCGUGCUCAGUAUGAACGCGACCAGUUGAUGCUGCAGCAAUAUGAUCGGCGUGUGAAGGAGGUCGAGGAGCAGAUGAAUCACCUAAACUCAAACCUGAACUUGCAAAAUGCUUCGAAGGACGAGCAGAUUCGAUCCCUGCAGGAGCAGGUGAACACUUGGCGAUCUAAGUACGAGGCACUGGCCAAGCUGUAUUCGCAGUUGCGACAGGAGCACCUCGAUCUUCUGCAGACCACAAAGAGUCUCAAACUCAAGGCUGCCUCCGCACAAGAGGCAAUUGAACGCCGAGAGAAGCUGGAGCGCGAGCUGAAGACCAAGAACUUGGAGUUGGCUGACAUGAUUCGGGAACGCGAUCGUGCUCUGCAUGACCGGGACCGUGUGACAGGCACUAACAAAGACGAUUUGGAGAAGGUUAAGCGCGAGCUUCGCAUGGCAAUUGACCGUGCUGAAAAUGCCGAACGCUCCAAGGGCACCGAGAUUUCGUCCAUGUUGUCGAAGUAUAACCGCGAGAUGGCCGACCUGGAAGAGGCUCUCCGAAACAAAACGCGCGCAUUGGAGGAGCACUCCGGCCGCAACAGUGAGCGUCAGGAAGACCAUGAAUUUGCUCUUCUUGAGAAGGACGAGGAAAUUGAGGUUUAUAAGUCUGGCAUGGAACAGGCUCUCAUGGAACUUGAGGAGCUGAAACUGAGCCAAGGCGAUGUCGACACAGCAUUGGAUACCCAGAUUGACACUGUGCUCCACGGUACAGUCGCAAAGAUCAACGAUAUCAUCGACUCUGUGCUGCAGACUGGUGUGCAGCGUGUUGAUGAUGCUUUGUAUGAACUCGACUCGUCCAUGCAGGCCGGUAACCAAAACGCAUCUCCUCCAUAUGUGCUGUCGCAGAUCGAAAAGGCAUCAGCCUCUGCCACCGAGUUCUCAACAGCCUUCAACAACUUCAUUGCCGAUGGCCCCAACAGUCCUCACGCUGAGAUUAUCCGCACAGUCUCCAUCUUCUCUGGAUCUGUCUCCGAUGUGUUGAGUAACACCAAGGGUCUCAUGCGCUUCGCCACUGAUGACAAGAGCUCCGAUCAUUUGAUCAAUGCUGCGCGUAAAUCUGCUCAGGCGACCGUGCGAUUCUUCCGUGGCCUGCAAUCGUUCCGUCUAGAAGGUCUGGAGCCAUUGCAGAAGACCGAUGUCGUCAUCAACAACAACCUCGAGGUCCAGCGUGAUCUGCAAUCGUUGUCGAAGCUGGUUGACUCGUUCGCGCCCAAGAAUAGCAAGAUCAGCACCAGUGGUGAUCUGGGUGACCUUGUCGACCGCGAACUGCUCAAGGCCGCCGAUGCCAUUGACGCAGCUGCUCAGCGUCUGGCCAAGCUCAAGAACAAGCCCCGUGAUGGGUUCUCAACGUACGAGCUGCGCAUUAACGAUGUUAUUCUUGCUGCCGCUAUUGCUGUCACCAACGCAAUCUCGGAGUUGAUCAAGGCUGCCACAGAGACUCAGCAGGAGAUUGUCCGCGAAGGCCGUGGUAGCUCGUCUCGCACUGCCUUCUACAAGAAGAACAAUCGCUGGACGGAGGGUUUGAUCUCUGCCGCCAAAGCAGUGGCCUCUUCGACCAACACAUUGAUUGAGACUGCCGACGGUGUCAUCUCGGGCCGUAACUCACCAGAGCAGCUGAUCGUCGCCUCCAACGAUGUCGCCGCCAGCACUGCCCAGCUUGUCGCCGCCAGUCGUGUCAAGGCAACAUUCAUGAGCAAGACUCAGGACCGCCUGGAGUCCGCCAGCAAGGCUGUUGGUUCCGCUUGCCGUGCGCUUGUGCGACAGGUGCAGGAUAUCAUCAAGGAGAAGAACCGCGACAGCGACGAGGGAGAGGAUUAUGGAAAGCUAAGCUCGCACGAGUUCAAGGUCCGCGAAAUGGAGCAGCAGGUCGAGAUCCUCCAACUCGAGAACGGUCUCGCUCGCGCACGUCAACGUCUGGGAGAAAUGCGCAAGAUCUCCUACCAAGAGGAUUAG